GGCAACUCAUGCCGGACCGUCAUGGGACGAAGAGGUGGUGCCUGCGCUCCGGAAGCGUGCGUGACAUGUUCUAUGGCGUGGCGACCGCGCUGACGCUUAUCCUGAACAGGCCUCCAGAGCGAGAGCAGGUCCCUUGCGCGCCGGAUCUCUGCCGUGUCCGUAUCUUCAAUGGAAGAGUACCCAAGCCCGACGCUCUCUGCAUCCACCGUGCGCCAGUCGACGUCCACCGCGAGCCAACAGUCCUCGAGCACCGCCCCCCGGCCCAGCUACCAGUCCCGCACUUCCUCCGAUCGAAGCAAGGCCCGGGGGCAGCCCAAUGGCCGCCCCGCCGCGCAGCCCAUGGACCAUCACACGGCAUCGAGCUCGUCAUCAGAGCACAACCGCUCGCGCACAUACUCGCAGCCGCGCCCGCCGAACGCCCGCUCGCCGAGCCCGAGCCGCCCAGCGAGCAAGUCCUCCGUCGCCCUCGCCAACACCUCCCCGAAGCCGACCCGUAUACCCAUGCGUGCGCGCGCGAGCAGCACGGUGACCAGGAGCCCGAGCGCCGCGCCCUAUGCGGAUGGCAAUCAGGUCUCGUACCCGCCGUCGCCGCAGGCGCACCUGCUUCGCGAGCCGCCGCCGUUCAACCCCGCGAGCUCGACCUCGUCUAUCGGGCAUCCCGAGACGCCUCCUGGCCAGCGAUACCACCCUUAUCUCCCUGACGAGAGCCCACCGCGCGCGUCCAUCGAGUCAGAGGAGCGCCCCUACGAGCACUGGUAUCGUGGCGAUGUCUCACGCAAUGGUGGCGUCGGCGAGCUCAAGGUGGGCCGGCGCCAGGAAAUGCUCGACAUCGCGAAUUAUGGCCACGCCCUGCGCAUGCAAGAGGACGAACGGCGCCGACGGAUCGCCGCGCUGGAUGAGUCGCGCUCAGGCAGUGUCGUCGGGUUUGUCGGCGAGCGUGAUCGCGGCAGUCUGUACAUCGACGACGAGCGCUACGAGAGCGAGGACGGUGUGAUGGAGGAGCACCCGCUCACGGACAUGGACGAGCAGGAGAUCACAGAAGAUGACUAUAGGGAGGAGGAGGAAGAUGACAAUCUGACCAUGCAACAGCACAACGGCUACGCUCACGCUGAUCAGUCGACUCAAUCCGCACCCGGCAGGUUCAGCCGCUCAGAGGACAGGAGCGAGACACCGACGCGGGCACCCUCACGGACGCCAACACCCUCUCAGGGCCGUGCACUCAAUGGAUCCGCGACUCGGAAAAGCCCCACUCCGACCCCUUCAUCUCGCAAGACCCCGACGCCUACCUCGCGUACGAACGGCAAGAACCCAGCUGCCAGUCGGAAGAGCCCGACGCCUGCGCCCCGGAUGCAGAAGCCGCGAGCGGGAAGCGAGGAGCCGCAAACGAACACGCCGAAGCCGCCGCGGGCGACGAAGGCGGCGACGACUGGAGGGCGGAGAGGCCCGCCACCGUCGGCAACCAAGCGAAAGCAGAAGGCGCCGACGACGCGGAAGGAAAAGGAGGAGGACCGGCGGAGUAUUGCGCACUAUCCCUCCAUUAGUGCGGAUGAGGAUGCGAUUCCGGUGUGGACACAGCCGAAGAAGGCGGGCAAUUGGGAUGAGGUUAUCCUCCCGGCUGUUGCGCGUAAACAGGGGCUGAGUGAGCACUAUGAGCAAGCGGAUGGGAGUCCGAAGCCGGUGCAGAGACGGAGUAAUCCUGCGCCUGCGCCAGGGACUUUCGGCUUCGACCACAGCAAGUACAGGCCACCGCGCGACGGGGAGGCGAUCGAGAUGGACGAGUUCGGGCGGCCGAUCGAGCAAGAGGACGACCGGAGGCCAGAAGAGCAGGAAGAAGAACGAAAUUAUGCGACAGAGCAACAGCAGCAGCAAGGCCAAUCCACCCGGCGACACUGGAAUGCGCACGACGAGACGCCGCUCCCCAUAACGAGACCACCGCAGCCGCCGAGUCCUGCACCGUUCUCGCAUUAUUUGGAGAGCACGGACCAGAGCCUGCCGCCGAUGCCGCCGCCGCCGGACCGCCAGCCGCAGCGCGUGGACGAGGACGACGCGGGCGGCGGGUGCUGCAAAUGUGUCGUCAUGUGAUCGCGAACAUAUCACGUGUGGCUCGCGUGGACGUUAUCCUCGUCACUCGUCACGCGUCGCCCGUGCCAUACCCGUCUCGUCGUCCUCUGCGCCUCCGGUGUACCACACGGCCAUGUGUCCUGCUGCAUCUUGUGACAUACCCGCAUAUAUGUUGUUGUCGCUAGUACCUACCGUUCUCCGCCCUCGUUUCUCUUCUCUUUCCUCUGUUCCUGGAUUUCAUCUAACGCG